CAUACAUACAUACAUACAUAUAUAUAGCUAAGCUACAUAUGAUCCGAGAAGAGAGAGCGUUGAGAAGAUACUUAUUAUAAACAUAUCAUGAAGAAGAAGAUUGAAGUAUUGAUAUGGGAAUAGUUAAAGCUUCUUCUACUACUACAAUUCUUUUGAAGACUCUUCACAAUAAUUCUAUGUCCCAAGAUUACCAUCAUCAUCAUCAACACCAAGGAGGAAUCUUCAGCUUCUCUAAUGGAUUCGACCGAUCAGAUUCUCCUAAUCUGAUUGCUCAGCAGAAGCAAGAACAUCAAAGGGUAGAGGAGAUGGACGAGGAAUUCUCAGUCGCCGGAGGAAGCGGGAUUCCGGUCUAUGAAACUGCCGGAAUGUUAUCCGAGAUGUUUAAUUUCCCCGGAAGCAGCCGCGGAGGAAGAGAUCUCGACCACGGCCAAUCUUUCCGGUCAAAUAGGCAGUUGCUUGAUGAGCAACAUCAGAAUAUUCCGGCCAUGAAUGCUACGGAUUCUGCCACCGCCACAGCUGCCGCCGCCAUGCAGUUGUUUUUGAUGAAUCCACCGCCACCACAGCAACAACCACCGACGUCUCCGUCAUCCACAAGUACCACAAGAAGCCACCACAAUUCUUCAACUCUUCACAUGCUACUUCCAAAUCCAUCCACCAACACAACUGAUCAUCAUCAGAGCUACGAUCAUAAUAAUAAUAUGUCUAUGCAUCAGCUUCCACAUCACCAUCAUCACCAACAGAUGACGUGGCAGUCUUCUUCCUCCGAUCAUCAUCCUCAUCAUCACAACAACCAAACCGAGAUCGGGACCAUCCACGUGGAAAACAGCGGUGGACGAGGCUUGUCCUUAUCUCUUUCAUCGUCUCUAGAGGCUGCUGCAAAAGCGGAAGAGUAUAGAAACCUUUACUACGGAUCCAACUCUUCUAACGCAUCAUCACAUCAUCAAUACAAUCAAUUCAAGACUCUUCUUGCUAAUUCUUCACAGCAUCACCAAGUAUUAAACCAAUUCCGAUCAUCUCCGAGCGCUGCGACGGCUCCUUCCUCUUCCAUCGGAGCCGUCAAUAUCUUAAGACACUCGAGGUACACAACCCCCGCGCAAGAGUUGUUGGAAGAGUUUUGUAGUGUUGGAAGAGGAUUUUUGAAGAAGAACAAACUUAAGAACAGCUCAAACCCUAAUACUAGCGGUGGCGACGGCGGUGGUGGUGGCAGCUCUCCUUCGUCUGCCGGAGUAAUCAAGGAUCAUCCUCCUUUAUCGGCGUCUGAUCGGAUUGAGCAUCAAAGAAGGAAAGUGAAGCUACUCACCAUGCUUGAAGAGGUGGACCGACGGUACAACCAUUACUGCGAGCAAAUGCAGAUGGUUGUGAACUCUUUUGACAUAAUAAUGGGCCAAGGUGCAGCGUUACCAUACACCGCAUUGGCUCAAAAAGCUAUGUCCAGGCAUUUUCGAUGUCUUAAAGAUGCGGUCGCAGCUCAGCUUAAGCAGAGUUGUGAACUUCUUGGGGACAAAGAUGGAGCGGGAAUGUCUUCUUCCGGAUUAACUAAAGGCGAAACUCCGCGGUUGCGUUUACUAGAACAGAGUUUACGUCAGCAACGUGCGUUUCACCAAAUGGGUAUGAUGGAACAAGAAGCGUGGCGGCCACAACGCGGUCUGCCUGAACGCUCCGUUAAUAUCCUUAGAGCUUGGCUCUUCGAAAAAGAAAAUUAG